CCCAACGUCCCUGAGGUGGGGCCAGAGUUGGCAGACGCGCUCCUCGGAGCCGGGCCCGGGUGCCCCGCAAACAAACCCCAGGCUGGCGGCGGCGGCACCACCCGAGCUCCUGUUUACCCCCGGGGCUACCCGCGGCACCUGGAAAAAGACGGAUACUGAAAAUUUGAAAUUGAAUAAGUCACUCACCAAAUAUCAUAGAGCCUCUGUAUCUUCUUGAAAAGUCCCUGAUGAAUACCAGGUUUGCUUCAAGCAAGAUGGUACCUUUCCACUUUCCUCCAUCAAAGUUAGCGCUCUGGAACCCAGUGCCACUUGGAGAUUUCAUCUACUUGCAUCUCAGUCACUACAGAAAACCAAAGCUUGUGGUGACUGAAAAGGCCAUCCGACUUGCUUAUCGUCAUGCUAAGCAGAGUAAAAACAAUGUGCCAAGCUUUCUACUUGGUUCUCUUACUGUGGAUGAAGAUGAAGAAGGAGUGGCAGUGACAGUAGAUCGCUUUGACCCUGGCCGGUCAGUAUCUGAAUGCCUGGAAAGAGCCCCCACUGCUUCUCUUCCUGGGGACUUUGUGAUUCCCUGCACUGUUCAGACACAGGGGCUGUGUUCGCGAGAAACGACAGGACACAGUUUAUAUGAUAUUAGUUCAGCUUUUGAGGCUGUACAGCACCACGUAUGUAGCAAAGACUCCUUGGACUGUGGAAAGCUGCUUUCCUUAAGAGUCCAUGUCACUUCCAGGGAGAGUUUGGACAGCAUGGAUAUUGACUUGCACUGGGCAGCAGUAACUCCAGCACAUACUUUCAAAUGUGCACCUGUGAAGCCUAUCCCCAUUAUUCCAACAGCUCUAGCGCGAAACUUGAUCAGUAAUCUGAAUCUUUCUCAAGUUCAAGGGACCUAUAAAUAUGGAUAUCUUACCAUGGAUGAAACACGCAAGUUGUUACUUUUACUGGAAUCUGAUCCCAAGGUUUCUUCUCUACCAUUAGUGGGAAUUUGGGUGUCUGGAAUUAUACAUAUCUAUAGCCCUCAGGUAUGGGCCUGCUGCUUGAGAUACAUGUUCAGUUCUUUUGUUCAUGAAAGGGUCUUUUCAGAAUCUGGAAAUUUCAUCAUAGUUCUCUAUUCUUUGACACAUAAGGAGCCUGAAUUUUAUGAAUGCCUCCCUUGUGAUGGCAGGAUGUCUGACCUUCAGUUUCAGUUACUAACCAGCAAGGAAACAUUACAUCUUUACAAGAAUGUUGAGCCAACUGACAGAAACCCAGUCCAUUUUGAACUGAGUGCUGCGAGUCCAGAUGCAGAGGCAGAGUGUUUUGGCAAAGUCUCUAAGAUUCUUCCAUUUAAGAGGUCAUCCCCAAAGUUGUCUCCUAGGAAAAUGCCAAUAAAUGAACAUGACUCUGGUGUUGAAGAUGAGGAUUUUUCUCCAAGACCAAUUCCUAAUCCUCACCCAGUGAGUCAGAAGAUUUCUCAGAUCCAACCAUCUGUUCCAGAACUUUCACUUGUGCUGGAUGGCAAUUUCGUGGAAUCAAGUCAUCUUUCUGGUACAUUGGAAACAGUGAAUGCUGAAAAUCCUCUUUUAUUGAUGAACUAUUCUGAACACUUGCAGCCAUCACAGCCUGAACUUUGUGGUGAAGCUGGAGAGCCUUCCUCGAAAGGGAAACCAAGUCAGUUCAGCCAGGGUCCUGCUUCAAGACACUGCCAAGUAAGGCAGCCAUCUGCCUGUAAGAAGGGGAACUCCCAACUCAGGGGCAGUGCCAUUAAGCCAUCUUCUUUCAGUGUGCCAUCUCCUGAUAUUUCUGAGAAACUGCAAGUAGUUUCUGCUGGAAAUGUGCAAAAAGAAGACUGUCCUUUAAGACCGUCCACACUUAAUUCUAGGCAGUCUUCUCUUGAGCCACAGACCCACUUGCACAAUUUUGUUUUGCCACCUCAUAAUUCAGGAAGACAAAUGGAACUUCAGAUUCCUACUCCUUCCUUCCCAACUUACUAUUCUGCGAAUAUGUGCAGCUGUUGUCAGCACCAUGGCCAUUUUCAGUGCAGUACAAUAAGUUCUUGUCCAGGAAUAAAUACAGUAGGCUCCAAUCAAGACCUCCGAUCUGAAGCCCUUCAGAAGCACCCGUUAUUUUACUCAGGUGGAUGUCCAUCUCUGUGUCAUCAUGCGGUCUGCUCUUCAAGUAGUCCUAUAGCAUUGAAACCUCAGGGACCCAUGGGUGGCAAUUCUCCCCACAACAGUGGAGAACCGUCGCCUGUGGCAGGACCUUCACAGGUGGACUCCUAUAUUCUACAGCCUUGUGCGGUAUGCAUGCACACACCAAAGACUGGGUCAGACAAUGGAAUGAUGGGACUGUCUCCUGAUGCCUAUCGGUUUGUCACAGAGCAGGACAGACAGCUAAGGCUACUUCAGGCACAGAUUCAGCGUUUAUUGGAAGCACAGUCUCUGAAGCCUGGCUCCUCUCAGACAGCUGCUAUUAAAGAUCCUGUGCAAGAUGCAAGACAAAUGAAUCUGGUUUCCAUGGAAGCACAGUCUUCUGGCUUACACGUGAGAAAAAGUGUAAGCAUUGCUGUGGGCACAGGUGCUAGCUUAUUUUGGAAUGCAGCAAGUAAUGACCAAGAGCCUGACUGUCAGCAGAAGCAAGAUGACACCAAGAUCUCCAGUGAAGACAUGAAUUUUUCUGUUGACAUUAAUAAUGAAGUCACAAGUCCUCCAGAUAGUGCAUCUUCUUUAAAGGCUGUUGAUAUUCCCAGUUUUGAAGAGAGCAGCACUGCUGUAGAAGAAUGCUCCCAGCUACUUUCUGAAUCCAAAAACUGCUCUUCAGAGAUGAGAAAAGAACCUGAAGUGCCUGUGUUCUUUCCAAAUACCCUGCUGGCAGAAAGUGUGAGCAUGUGUUUACAGACUGUGCCAACAGAGGUUGUUGGUGGUGGUCAUGGCACUGCAACACCAAGGGAACCACAAGUUGGGCAAGUGAUGGAGUCCAUGACUCAUCUUCCAUCAGAUAACCAGAAAAUAUACCAGGAUUUAUUGGGUCAAGUGAACCACCUACUAAGUAACUCCUCCAAAGAAACAGAUCAACCAUCUGCCAAAGCAGUAGUCAUCAGCCAUGAGUGUGCCAAAACCCAAAAUGUUUACCAUGCAAAAACCAAAAAGCACAAUUCAGGACUAGUGGACAAAGACGGUGUUCUUAAUGCAACUCUUAAGCAGCUAAGAAGCCUGGGAGUGAAAAUUGACUCUCCCACUAAAGUGAAAAAGAAUGCACAGAAAGUGGAUCAGGCCAGUGUUUUGGCGUGCAUCAGCCCAGAAGCGGUGAUCUCUGGAUUAAACUACAUGUCAUUUGCUAAUGUUGGUGUGAGUGGCUUAAGUCCCACUGGUGUGGAUUUGAGCAUGGAGGCAAAUGCUAUAGCUCUGAAAUACUUAAGUGAAAAUCAGCUGUCACAACUGUCUCUCAGUCGAUCAAACCAAAAUAACUGUGAUUCGUCUUUUAGCCUUCUACAUAUUAAUACAGACAGAAGCACAGUAGGGCUUAGCUUAAUCUCACCAAACAACAUGUCAUUUGCAACGAAAAAAUACAUGAAGAGAUAUGGACUCAUACAAGGCAGCGACAACAGUGAAGAUGAAGAGGAGCCUCCCAGUGGUGCGGGCAGUGAGGGUGCCUGUUUGUUGAGUCAGAACCCUGCCUCCGUACCUGCACAGCUGGCUGCACAGAAGGAGCUUCCCAGAAAUGCCUGUGAAAUAGUUCAUCCUUCUAAUUGUGGAUCUGAGGACAUGCUCACAGAAAUGUCGGUAUUGAGAACUAUUACAAACGAAGUUGCACGGCCAAAGGUAACACAGCAGUUGAGGGAAGAUCCAGCUUUCUUAUUAAGGAACCUUAAACCAGGUCCUGCCAUGAGCCUUCGAACUGGAAAAGCAGAGUUUACUCGGCAUCCUGAGAAAGAAAAUGAAAGGGACAUCCCCAUUUUUCCUCAAAGUCUGCAGACUUCUGAAACAAUAAAGCAGAUGGCUAGCAUGGAUUCUGUAGGCACCUUUCUAGAUGUAAAGCGUCUCAGGCAGUUGCCAAAGUUAUUUUAGAUCAUUAGUCCUCUCCUUUCUGACUGUUCUGUUUCCUGAAGGUACUUUAGAAGCCAGUACCUCUGGGAUUUCUAAUCAGUGUAGGAGUCUGUCUGUGUCUCAGUAGUAGCUGAUAACAAGUUAUUAACAACAAGUGACUCAGUUAUGAGAUGGCUGGUUAGUGGGAAAGGCUGUGUGAUUUUUCAACUAGGGCUGUCAUUGUCACUGAACACAUAAUAAAACAAAAAUCUUAAAGUUGUAGCAGGGGAGAUGUCUCAGCAGUUAAAGCCUGCGAACUCAGGUUUGCUUCCCCAGUACCCACAUAAAGCCAGAUGCACAAAGUGGUGCGUGUGUCUGGAGUUCAUUCAUUUGCAGCAGAAGAGGCCCUGUUGCACCCACAGCCCCCCCCAUAAAAAAAUUGUGCACGUGUACACAUAUCUAGAAUUAAUUUUUUUAGCAAGGAACAUUCAAAAAUAUUGCCUGUAUCCCCAAGUUCUGGGAAUUGAACCCAGGUUCUUUCACAUGCUAAGGAGCUCUGCUGAGGUAUACAUCCCCAGUCUGUGUUGUUUUGCUUGGUUUUUGUUUUGAAGACACAAGUCUCCAUGUUUAGCCCAGUCUGACUUCAUACUUGAGAUCCUCUUCCUUCACUGCCAAGUGCCCCUCAUCUGGCUCAGGUACACACUUUACCUAGUGUCACUCCCCCUUGCAUGACAUACCUUACAUAAUCAUAAUCAUAGUAAAUAUUAAAACUUACUAAAUGAACAUUAGGCACAGUACUAAAAACUAAACCACAAAACUUUUAAGUUGCGCUUGUUUGUUUAGGGUUAGAAUUGACAUUGCUAGAGAUUGAACCCAGGCCUCACCCAAAGGCCUUUUAAACUUACCAUGGAGCUGUAUACUUCCAAAUCCCAGAUUAUUGUGCCACUUUUCACAUCUGGCUUUAUGUAGGUACUGGGGAAUCAAACUCAGACCAUUAGGCUUUGCAAGAAAUCACUGAGCCGUCUCUCCGGCCCCCACAAUUUCUUACAUGCAUAUAUUUACUUACUUGUGGGUCACUGUAUAAAAUUAUAUAACUUCUACAUUAACAUAGCUUCCACUAUCCUUUCAAAGCAAACAGUCCCUCCCAUCCUUAUGUCUGAUAACCAAUUAUCUGUUUUCUAUCACCAGAAUUUUUUGUCACUCUAAGAAUAUAACAUGAAAUAGUUAGACUUUUAAAUUUUUUGUGGUUUUAUUUAGAAUUGCACCUUUUGAAAUUUGCUGUUUUCACUCGGUAUGUCCUGAGAUCUGUCAGUAAAUAUUCUUCUACCCUCCCUCCCCAAAUUAUUAUUUCUAAAUAUAAUGUAAAACAUUCUUAUGCACUUGAAACAGAAAGAUUUUCUGCUGAAGUUUAGAUGUGAUUGCCGUGUAUUAAAGUUUGAUAUGUAAACUGAAAGAAAUAGAAUUUCGAUCUCUGAAUGCUUUCUAAUUGAACUGUGGCUUUCUGAGUCAGUAACCUGAUAGAAAUGUAUAGUCAGCAAGGUCACUCAUGCUAACAUGGAGCUUCCUCCAUGAAGCCAGAGACUGUCCCUACAUUGCUGCACUUUCAAGUUAAAGUUAAUAUAUAAAUAGCACUGGUGAUGUUUUUCCCUGUUUCCACAUGUGUUGUUUGGAGUGUUAGUUAUUUUGACACUAGCCUAAAAUUCCCUUCACAUCUCAUUGGGACAUAGUCUAAGUAAAGGCAAUUAUUGUUGGUGCCACUUUCUAGUAUGCUGUUUAGCUUUCACCCUCUAGUUCACCCAAGUGAACGUGGGUACCAUUUAUGUUGCCCUAUUGAAAACGGAAUGUUAGUGGAUUAACUGACAGCCUCAGCAAUUGUUUUCCCUUUUUGCUGUGAACCUUGUAAUUUUUAUGCCAAACAAGUAGCUCUUUAUCUGAACAAUAAAAACUGAACCUGAGGCUUUUUAGGCAAAAUUUAAUUUGAUCACUUGUUACCACAUCUAAUUCAAGGCCUCUGAUAACAUGUUUAAGCAGUUUUGGAGACUGAAUUUAGACUGCAGAUUAAUUUAACAAAAAUACCUGUUUCUAUUAAGUAUGUGCCAAGAGGGACUAUCAAUAACGCCUACUCUAGAAAGUUCUUUAGUGUUUUACUAUAAAUGUUAGUUGUUGUCAUAGCCUUUAGAUAUCUUUAGAAAAGCAUUAGUAUUGAGGAAAUUGGAUUAAAAGAUUUUAGAGAUG